UAUAAAAUUUUCCGGAGGGAAAAAAUUGAAAUAAAUGGUAUCAAGAAAAACGGAAAAAUGAUUUAGAAUGAAUGUCAUUCCCUUUCAUUUCCCUUUCGAAACUGUUAGGCUAGGAGAUGGAAGCAGCAGAGUACUUCUCCAAGGACUUCGAGUGGGAGGAACUGCGAGCAGAGGUCGAAAACGACCCGUUGUUACGCUGCCACUUGCUCCCAUUCGAAUCUUCGAAUCCCUCUUCAAUUAAAGCUGCAGAUGAAGAUUCAGCGGCAUGGAAAAGAUUUCACGUCCGUCACUCCUCCGGCAAAUUCUUCAAGGAGAGACGGUAUUUGCUAAAGGAGUUCCCAGAACUAGUCUCGUGUGGAGAACAUUGUAAGGUUUUAGAGGUGGGAUGUGGCAAUGGUAGUACUGCUCUCCCAAUUUUACGUGGCAAUGAACACAUCACUGUGUAUGCAUGCGAUUGCAGCAGUGAGACUCUUGAGAAGGCUGAAGAGAUUAUAGCUGCCGCUACUGUAACAUCUGUUAGACAUCGUUUCCAUACAUUCUGCUGUGAUUUUUCUACAACUGGGUUUCCAGAGUGGUUGGGCUGCCAUACUUGCCAAGAAAUUUUUCUACAAAAGCAGCAAAAUUGCUUGUCAGAUGUUAAAGAGAAUAAUAGCAAUGAUGCGUCUUCAUUGAAAGAAAGAGACUGUUGCAUUGGUGGGGUGGAUUUUGUUACCUUGGUAUUCACACUAUCAGCUGUACCAUUCCAGAGGAUGCCAACAUCCAUCAAGGAGUGCUUUUCUGUUUUAAAGCCAGGAGGCAUGCUUUUAUUUAGGGAUUACGGCCUCUACGAUAUGACUAUGCUUCGAUUUGAGUCAGACCAAAGAGUGGGGUUCAGGGAGUACAUGCGUUCUGAUGGAACCCGUUCUUAUUUCUUCUGUCUAGAUACUGUUAGAGAUCUCUUUUUGGGUGCGGGCUUCAUUGAGCUAGAACUUGAAUAUUGUUGUGUUAAAUCUGUGAAUCGCCGAAACAGGAACAGUAUGCUUAGAGUGUGGGUUCAUGGGAAGUUUCAGAAGCCUAUGUGAAGUUACUUGUUGAGAGAUACUUUUCUCAUAGAGGAUCUCAAGAUGGGGAAGAAGAUUGGCAUGAGGGUAUGAAGCUGGUGGUCUAUAUUACCUUGAUGUCAAACAGUCACCCAGUUGAGCCUUCACAUUCUCAUCAUCAUCUGCUUUUGAAUGACAUUGCCGCCUUGGACACCCAUCUUUUUCUCUUUUGAAACGUUAAAUUAGGAAUGUUGGAAAUUUGUCUUCCUUUCCUUGUGAAGCAUGUCAACUUAGCAAACACCAUAGUGUGUCUUUUGUACCGAGAGUUGAUAAUUGAGCAUCUAGUCAUUUUGAAUUAGUUUACUCUGAUAUAUGAGGACCAAUCAACAUUGUAUCAAACAAUUUUCAGUAUUUUAUUAUAUUUGUUGAUGAC